AUGGAAACCCUGCAUGCAGCACAGCACCUCGCCACGAAGCAAACGUCGGUCCCCCCUCGGUGCCCUCGGUGCUGCUCCGAGCACAGCAGCGCUUUCCUCCCGACCCGAACUCCCCAACCCCGCGACCCCUGGCGUCGUUCCGCCGCCGCGCUUGCAUCCCUCCAUCACUUGGACAGGUCCGUCCCCGCGGAGCCGAACGCGCAACACCGCAACGCGGCUAUUCGGGAGUCACCCAACCACGAGCACAAUCCCCCCGCAUCCCUCACUCCCGUCCCGUCGCGGCUCCGCGCCGUUCCCCCGCUGCCGCCCGCCCCGCUCGGCGCCAAUGGCGGAGCGCAGCCGCGCUGUUGCCCCGGAGACCGCGGGCUGCCCGGAGGGGGCGGCUCCCAUUGGCUGAGGCCUCAGGGCGCGCUCCCAUUGGCUGCCCGCCGCCGGUUGCCGUGGCGACAGAAGAACGAGCGCGGCUCGGGCGGCCCGAGGCGGCACCGCGCCGGGUCCGUGAUCCGCAACUGGAUGGCGGUGCGACACGUUGGCAGCACGUGGCAGAAGGCAACAGCAGAGAGGAAACUUCCAGCCCACGAGUUGGCUUUGCCACCAAUCACCGACGGAGGCAAGAAGAAAGGGCAGAAGAACAAGGCAGCAGCGUUUGUGUCGAGGAAAACAACCCCCUUGGUGUUGAAGACAUCUUCCCAAGAGAAGCACAGAGCAUUCACUGAGAGGAAAUGGGUGCUCAAGGAGGCUGAAUUAGCUGGAGUGUUGGAAGAGAUGAAAGUGACCACGCUCCUGACCAAGCUGAAGACAAAAGCCAUAGAGGAGCUGAAGCAGUGCGGUGACCACCUGGCAAAGACCAACUUGUGGCUGAUGAAGGACAUCCAGCACACUGAUGAUAGCACUGCCAAGCAAGCCAGAGACUUGCUGCAUCAGUUUGAAGUGUAUCAGAUGAUCGAGGCAAUGACACGGACCAUCAGUCAGAACCAGCUGGAUAUGGCAAGGGCAGAGCUCCAGGAAAUGGAAAAAACAAUGGAAAAGAAUCUGGGAAAGCUACAGCAGCAGCUGGAUGAAGUCACAUCAAACGUACAGGUUCUCCAGGAUGAGCUCAGCAUCCUUCGGACCUACACAGAGGUGCAUUAUCUAAACCAAGCUAUGCAGAUAGUCCUUCUGCUGUCCGACAUCCAAAACCUGAAGAAGCAACAGCAGGACGAGAUAGAUGAGACAGAAAAAAUGGGAAAGGCCAUUCUGGAGGAACUGGAAGAAAAAACACAGCUAGAGCAAGAAGAGAUAUUACAGAAAGUUGCCGAGGAGGUGUUGCUGCACCAGGAUGGGCUGAAGCAGAUGGUCAUCAACAAUCAUGUUCUUCGACACGAAAUAAGAAGACAAAAAGAGAUCAUUAAAGACCUGGAAGAGGAGAUCAGCGAGCUGAAGAGAAGCGUCCAGACGCUCCGCCAGAGUGCAGGAGACCCAAGAGAGACGAUCUUUGCUGACGUUUUUCUCCGCAGACCAAAGUGCACACCAGACACCGAGGUGGUUCUCCGUAUCCCCACUGAGAAGACUCCGCUCCCCUGGUGCCCGCAGCGCUCAGGUGAGAUGCCGGCCAACGCAGCCCUCGCUUCCCCAGCGGCACUCCUUCCUCCCGGCCCCACUCAGCCUCUGUGAGGACUCAUAAGCGGCAGGAGGGUGUCUCGUGAUGCAGCCGUGCCGUAAGAAGC